GCUUGUGACUGGUCAUCGGUGGACGAAUCGUGGUUCUGGCGCAUUUUCAGUAAUUGGUGAUUGGAGAUCUCCGAAUAUUAGUCUGAUUAUUGGUUACCGUGUUUUUAAUAACUUUGCUCGCGGCUAAUGUUUUUAUUUAGUGACCCAAACCAUUAGAACUAAAAUAAUUGAAGAGAUUUUGUGAUUCCGAGGUCGUCGUUUCGCCGCUUGUUACACAAGAUGUCCGUGUGCUUCUUUGUGCCAGCUGACCAAGCAGGGACCUCAGCUGGGUCCGAUGACAACGACAUUGAAUGCAUCGAAGAGGGCCCGCCGUUAGAGAACAUACACAACACGCUGCAAUCGUUCUGGACUAAGGUCAACGACGACGUCAAGAAGAUAACGGCGGAGGACUUCAAAACGCAAGUGCUACCACUGGCGCGGAUCAAGAAGAUAAUGAAGCUGGACGAGGAAGUGAAGAUGAUAUCCGCAGAGGCGCCCGUCCUCUUCGCAAAAGCAGCCGAGAUCUUUAUACACGAGCUAACUUUGCGAGCCUGGUCGCAUACCGAGGAUAAUAAGAGAAGGACCCUCCAGCGCAACGACAUAGCAAUGGCGAUAUCGAAAUCGGACCAGUUCGACUUUCUGAUCGACAUCGUGCCCCGCCACGAGGUGAAGCCCAGCAAGCCCAGAGAAGACCCGCCCAGAAGCGCGCCCGCUGCCGAACCAGUGCAGCAGCAGCAUCAGGCGUCGCACAGUCAGCAGCAGUUCCUCGUGCAGCCGUGUGCGCAGAUCGUACAGCAAUCGGUGCAGUCCCCGAGCCCUGCGGCGACCACGUCGGCGAGUCAGCCCAACGUGAUGGUGCAACAAGUGGCGUCGUCCUCCGCAGACAUGCCACAGUUGACGCAAACGCGGCCGACCGCCACGGUGAGCGCCGCCCAGCAGCCCGUCACUCUGAUGCAGCAAAUCGUCAGCCCGUCCGGAGAGGUGCAAAAUGUUCCCAUCCAACUAACGCAAGCCCAGCUGAACAUGAUCCGGCUGCAAGUCCAGAACAACCCCAACCAGCCCAUCAUCAUACAGGCGCAGGCAGCGCCGCAGACCGCGCCGCAAAUCAUACAAGUGUCAUCGCAGGCGCCGCACCAGCCUCACCAGAUAUUCCUGGCGCAAGUCUCCGGCCAGGAGGAGAGCUAGUGCACGCUCAAACGAGAGCCGGACGACGGACACUCUCCUUAACUCUCAGAACCUCACCGUGGACACUCACCUUAAGACUCAGUGGCCAGUGU